GCAACCACGACUAGAGCUUCUUCCACAACCACUACUGAGGCACUUAUUGCAACCACAAUUGAAGCUUCUUCUACAACAACUACUGCAGCCCUUACUGGAACCACAACUGAAGCUUCUUCUAAAACAACUAUAGCACCUACGACAACAUCCCCUUUGACAACUGCAGCUCCUACAACUCCAACUGUAGCUUCUUCCACAAGGACAAGUGCAGCCCCUACUGCAACCACAACAGAAGCUUCUUCUACAACAGCUGUAGAAACUAAGAUGACCACAACAACAUCCCCUACGACAACUGCAGCUCCUACUACAACCACCGGAGCUCCUACGGCCACUUCAACAGCAGCAGCUCUUACAACAACAACUGAAGCUGCUUCCACAAGCACUACUGCAGCCACUACUGCAACCACAACAGAAGCUUAUUCUACAACAACUGUAGAAACUACAACUACCACAACAACAUCCCCUACGACAACUGCAGCUCCUACUACAACCACCGGAGCACCUACGGCCACUUCAACAGCAGCAGCUCUUACAACAACAACUGAAGCUGCUUCUACAAGCAAUACUGCAGCCCCUACUGCAACCACAACUGAAGCUUCUUCAACAACAACUAUAGCACCUACGACAACAUCCCCUUUGACAACUGCAGCUCCUACUACAACAACUGUAGCUGCUUCCACAACCACUACUGCAUUACCUAUUGCAACCACGACUGCAGCUUCUUCAACAACCACUACUGAGGCCCUUACUGCAACCACAAUUGAAGCUUCUUCUACAACAACUACUGCAGCCCUUACUGGAACCACAACUGAAGCUUCUUCUAAAACAACUAUAUCACCUACGACAACCACAACAAUCUCCCCUUCAACAACUGUAGCUCCAACAACAACUGAAGGUCCUACUACCAUUUUAACUCCUACGACAACAACAACUGUAGCAUCUACAGCAACCACAACAGAAGCUUCUUCUACAACAGCUGUAGAAACUACGACGACCACAACAACAUCCCCUACGACAACUGCAGCUCCUACUACAACCACCGGAGCUCCUACGGCCACUUCAACAGCAGCAGCUCUUACAACAACAACUGAAGCUGCUUCCACAAGCACUACUGCAGCCCCUACUGCAACCACAACUGAAGCUUCUUCUACAACAACUAUAGCACCU